UUACUAUCUGUUCUCAUUCUUGUUAUUAGAGCGGCUGUGUAGUGAAGCCAAAGCUCCAGCGGUACCAACACACAACAAUGAAGCUACUGAAGCUAUGCUGUGCGUUACUGUGCAGUUUAGUUGCUGUUAGCGCGGUGUCAGCUUUCUACCUUCCGGGUUUAGCUCCGGUUAAUUUCUGCGACGAGGGAAAAACAACUUCUGACUGUCAGAAUGAGAUCCAGCUCUUUGUCAACCGGUUGGACUCUGUGGAAUCUGUCCUGCCCUACGAGUACGACGUGUUUGACUUCUGCAAAGAUGCUGAAGAAAAGAGGCCUUCAGAGAACCUUGGUCAAGUGUUAUUUGGAGAGAGAAUUGAGACAUCACCUUACAAGUUUACAUUUAGAAAAGAUGAGUCUUGCCACAGAGUGUGCACCAAAGUGUAUGACACAUCUAAACAAGAAGAUAACGUGAAGUUGGACUUUUUAAAGAGAGGCAUGGAGUUAAAUUACCAGCAUCACUGGAUUGUGGACAAUAUGCCUGUAACAUGGUGCUACGAUGUCGAGGAUGGUCAAAAGUACUGCAACCCUGGAUUUCCUAUUGGUUGCCUAGUAACCCUUGAUGGAAAGCCUAAAGAUGCUUGUGUGAUCAGUUCUGAGUUCAACAAGAAAAAUACAUACUACAUCUUCAACCAUGUGGAUAUUACCAUAACGUACCACAGCGGGGACAAAGAGAGCUGGAGUGGUGCUCGACUGGUGGCCGCUAGACUGGAGCCUAAAAGUGUGAAACACAGUGAUGAAAAUAGUCUGUGUGAAGGCCCACCCAUGGAGAUACCUGUGGAGUCUUCUAAUAAACUGAAAGUGACCUACUCGUACUCAGUCAAAUUUGAGUCCACAGAUAAGAUCAAAUGGGCUUCAAGAUGGGAUUAUAUUCUGGUUUCCAUGCCCCAUACAAAUAUCCAGUGGUUUAGCAUCAUGAACUCUUUGGUCAUCGUGCUCUUUCUCUCUGGCAUGGUGGCUAUGAUCCUUUUGAGAACAUUACACAGGGACAUUGCCAAGUACAACCAGGUGGAUCAGGAGGAUGCUCAGGAGGAGUCUGGGUGGAAGCAGGUACACGGAGAUGUGUUCAGGCCACCCAGGAUGGGCAUGCUGCUGUCUGUGUUUCUCGGGCAGGGCACACAAAUCUUCAUCAUGACCUUCAUCACGCUUUUUCUCGCUUGCUUGGGAUUUCUGUCACCGGCAAACCGUGGAGCACUUAUGACCUGUGCAGUUGUGCUGUGGGUCCUGCUGGGCACCCCUGCUGGAUAUGUAUCAGCCAGACUCUAUAAAAGUUUUGGUGGUGAAAAAUGGAAGACUAAUGUGUUACUGACAGCACUUUUGUGUCCUGGCAUUGUGUUUGCGGAUUUCUUCUUGAUGAAUCUGAUCCUUUGGGCUAAGGGCUCUUCCGCUUCCAUUCCUUUUGGUACGCUGGUAGCCAUCCUGGCCCUGUGGUUUGGUAUUUCUGUACCACUCACCUUCGUGGGAGCGUACUUUGGUUUUAAGAAAACGGUGAUUGAGCAGCCAGUGCGAACGAACCAGAUCCCACGGCAAAUCCCAGAGCAGUCUUUCUUCACCAAACCUCUCCCAGGGAUCAUCAUGGGUGGCAUUCUACCUUUCGGCUGCAUUUUCAUCCAGCUCUUUUUCAUUCUCAACAGCAUCUGGUCUCAUCAGAUGUACUACAUGUUUGGCUUCCUGUUUUUGGUGUUUAUAAUUCUCCUUAUCACCUGUUCUGAGGCUACCAUUCUGCUGUGCUACUUUCAUUUGUGCGCUGAGGAUUAUCACUGGUGGUGGAGAUCGUUUCUUACAAGUGGAUUUACUGCAGUUUAUCUGUUCGUCUAUGCUGUCCAUUAUUUCUUCUCCAAACUCCAGAUUCAAGGAGCUGCCAGCACCAUUCUUUACUUUGGCUACACCUUGAUCAUGGUUCUCAUAUUCUUCCUGUUUACAGGUACCAUUGGUUUCUUCGCAUGUUUCUGGUUUGUAAAUAAAAUCUACAGUGUGGUGAAAGUGGACUAAGAUCUAAAUCCCGGUGAAUCCCAGCCCAGCACCCCGGCCAGCGCAAGGAAACCACCAUAUUCUCUUCACUGUUCUGAUAUUGAUAGGCAAACUGGGAGACAUGAGUGGAACAUGUGCCUCUUUGUUUGGAAACUAGCAGUCUGUUUUAUAAUUCACUUUGUUUAGUUUGCACAGUGAAGAUCUUUGUGUUCAUGGUUAGCUUUGAUUGACUUGCUGGCCAGAGCGAAUAUUAGAAUUGAGCUGGACCACGUUUGCACAUUAAGAUAAAUUUUUCAGUUUUCGUUGUGGACUCCAGGAGCUGGAAGAAAGACUAAAGUGACUGUGAUCAAAAGAAUAUCCGUACACCUGUAGGAAGACUGUGUACUUCCUAAACCUGAAGCACAACUGCAUAAUGAUCCCAAGAGCAAAGACAUUGUAAUUCCUUAUAUAUAUGAAGUAUAAAUAAGUAUCUUAUGCUUUUAUAUUGAUAUCCAAAUAUGUUCAUUCCCUUUUUAAACCUGUUCUGGUGCAUGUUUAUCAUUUGAAUGUUACAACCUAGAAGUUGUAUAAAAAUGUGAUUUCAUUUGUAUUUGAUUUAUAAAAUAGCUUUAGAUGAAAGAUAAGAAGUCUGGAUAUAAUAUCAGUAGCAUUAUAAGUGUAUCUGCAGCACUAAGCGAACUUUAACAAUUCAACCAAACAAAAUGCAACAUGCACAUUAACGAUCAAUCAUCUGAUUUUACCAGCGAUUUUGAGUAUUGAAUUGCUCAUGAAAACAAGAUGAAAUAAGACAGUUAUCAAUCUGUUCUGCAUAUGAUAAAGCCAUUUAAAUUUCAGCACUGUAAUCAGGUCCACUGUUUUUUGUAUGACCGCACACACAAAAAGACAGCUUUUUAGCCUGUCUGUCUGUACAGCAUUCUAUUAAAAAUUAAUUCACA